AUGUUUUUAUUCUUGCCUUUUUUCAGGUUGGACAAGAAAACUAAAGAUUUGGUGUAUGCUGAAAAGAAUAUUGUUGUCUAUGAGAGUCGUUGCAAUGAUUUGACCACAAAAUACAAUCAGGCCAAUGCUGAGCGUCAGAAAAUUAAGGAUGAAUUAAAGGAAUUGGAGAAGGAGAAUGAAGCACUACGCAAACAAGUGGAGGAUCUCCGCAGAAAUCUUGAGGAGGAGACUUUAACUAGAGUGGACUUGGAAAACAGCUUGCAGUCUCUUCGUGAAGAAUUGUCAUUUAAGGAGCAGAUCAAGAACUUGACUUCACAUGCUCAGAGAAGCAGUGGCACUACAGCUGGUUUAAUGGAGGAUCUGCGCCAGAGUCGUAUCAGGCUUGAUGAGCAAAACGCUCGUAUCACCGAAUUGGAGUCUGCAAAUUCUGCAUUAUUGACACGCCUACGAGAGUUGGAGAACCUCUUGAGCGAUGAACGUAUGCGUCAUGCAGAUGAGCGCAAGAGACUUGAAGAUGAACUUCAAAUUCUGCGGGAUGAAAUGGCUCAGGCUCUUCAAGAAUAUCAAGAUCUUAUGGACAUUAAAGUGGCUCUAGACCUGGAGAUUGCUGCCUACCGCAAACUGCUGGAGUCUGAAGAAGCAAGAUUGAACAUCAGCCCCAGUCAAUCUCAAGCCCAUGUUCAGUCUCAGCGAAUGUCCCGCACACCUGUGCGCCGUACUCCAGUACGUCUUGGGGGAUCCAAGCGCAAGCGUACAACAUUAGAGGAAUCAGAAGAAUCGUCUGUUGCUAACUUUAUUACCAGCGCUCAUGCUAAAGGAGAUGUUGAAAUCAAGGAAGUAGAUGCUGAAGGAAAAUACAUCAAACUUUUUAAUAAGGGCUCUAAGUUGAGCAUUACAAUCAUUAGUAAUAGUAGUGAUAAGGCUCUUCAUGCAUCAUAUCUAAUUGCAGUAAGACUAGCUAAGGAAGGUAAGCCAAAUGCUAUUGCUGAAGUGCUGUUACAGAGUGCAAUUGAUAUAGUAUCUGCUACAAUAAGUGCUCAAGCUGCAGGAAAAUUGAAAAUAAUCCUCUUCAAAAUCUUCACAAACUUCAAUAACAAGACUCUACCCAUGCUACCCGUGGAACAUAGGUGCAAAGAUCAUAUGCAUUUAAAGUUAAUGGUUGUUAAAGAGUUAGAGACCACAGAAGCAGCAAUUGGAGGCUGGCAGGUGGUGCGCCGUGCCGGUGACAAUGAAACUACAUUCAAGUUUCACCGAAGUGUGAAGAUAGAGCCUGGCUCUGCCAUCACUGUGUGGUCUUCCGAUGCUGGACAAGUUCAUGAUCCACCUUCCAACAUCGUGAUGAAGAGUCAGAAGUGGGUUAUUGCAGAGAGCAUGAACACCACCUUAAUAAACCCCAAUGGCGAGGAAAUGGCCAUUCAUGAGCGCACUCGGCAACAGAUUUCGAGCUCAGUUUCUCGUCAUCGUGAGACUUCUGGUUAUUCCCUGCGCUCUGAGAAAGAAGAGCUUUUCCACCAGAUGGGUGACCCACAAGGGGAAGAUAGAUGCAGACUGAUGUGAAAUGAAGAUGAAAUUACAUCUGAAUCUUAAGAUCGAAAUGUGAUUAUACAAACUUUGGAGAGACCAUAACCCUUGUUUUCAAGGGAGGGGGGAAGAUAUGUUCUAGUGUUUAUGGCAAUGUAUGGUUAGAAGGUGCUGUGGGGGUGUUUGGACUGCACUGAAUUGGCAGCCGCAAGUAUGCAGUCAGAAGGAUGAGACUUUGAAUCUUACAUGAAUGAAUCAUGAGUUUUGUAUUAGAAGAGUACGAGGUACUGUGCACUUCAGUGAAGUAAUGUCAUUUUGAUGUAUUCUUUCCAGAAAUUAAAUUAGCAGUAAUCUGAGGUGUACCCUGAAUUCAUCUUUGUGAUGUGAUUUUUCUAGUUAACUUUGAAUCGCUGAUUUAAAGAAGUAAUUUCGUGAUUAUUUGCUAGUUACUAAGUUUGGUUGGGAUUGAAGAUAAUGGGAGAUGAAAGUGUUUUUUUGAAAAUGGGAGGGUUGUUUUUUGCCACGUUCCUACAAAUACUAUUUUUGAAACUGUCAAUAAAGACUGCUUUACAUGUUAUAAUACAUGUAAUUUGUUUAUUUUCAUAACAGAUUAUAUUAUUGCAAAUGGUACAGCUAUGCUGGCAAUAUCAGCAGUUCUCUUAUUUGAGAUGAAUUUUCUAAUUCUGUUGUGCCAUUAAAUCUUUGUUAUCAUGAAUAUUUUUUCUUAAUGAUUUCAGAGUACAACAGAAAAAGCAGAUUACUGUUUUUGAGUGAUUAUAGUUUCACAAUUUGAUGUUUCUAAAACUAUUUUAUAGUUAGAUUUUGCUACCUCUGAAAUAUCUAAUAGAUUGCUUUAUUGUCGCAGAUAUUGUUGAGAAGAAAACAUGAGGUGCAUCGCAUACACAUUUUUUAUUUUAUUUUUUCUGAAAACUGUUUUACCAAACAAUUGCAUGCGGAGUGGUCUUAUGGUUUCUUCUGUUUCUGCGAUAAAUGAGCGAUUAAUAUUUUAUUUGGAUGUAUGGGGUUCUGAUGAGGCCAUUUCAAUGAAAUGACCUUUUCAAAAUUGUUCAUACAAAUUUACAAAUACAAAAACCACUGUAAUUGAUUUGAAACAGUAUUGGAGGUAUAAGCCACUAGUCGUGUGAGAAUAAUGCUGUCUGUGGCAAUGUAAUUUAUAAAGUGAGUAUGACCAGAGUGUGUGUUUUCGUAAAGUCCUGAUUUAUCAAAAUUGUACAAAUCUCACAUGUGAACAAAUUGUCAUCUAGAGCCAAUUUGCUCAUUUUGUGUAGUCUCCAAUAUUGUUUGAUAUGUGGUGUAAUUCUUUUUUGUAGUUUUCGAUGAGUGUACAGUCAUUUUCAUAAUGUUUUUGAGUCAUAAUACAUAUGUAAGACAAAUUUCUCGAAAGGAACAAAGAAAGUAUGUCACAAUCUGUUAGUGUGUGUGGCAGGCUUCAAUUUUUUCCUGCAAUGUCUGAUUUCUUCUGCAGUUUUUCCACUUCAUUUUUUAUGCAGCGUUAACAGUGAUUACAGGGCUGGCCUGUCACAUCCAUGGCUGUCCACAACAUCCCCAUUUUUCUACUGCAAAACUGCAGAUUAGGCAUAGUGGAUAUCAUUAUUUCAUCAUCUGAAAUAUAAUUAUUUUAUUUGUUUUUGUUUUAUGUGUUUUUCUGAAUUAUAUACAUUUCAUUUCAUCAUUAAGAGCUUUAUAGUAAUGCACAGCUUUUUUUAUUACUUAUCUAUGUAUGUGUAAGGGCUUUAUAAAGCUGUUUAUGGUAAGAGAUGACAAGGGAGUGGUAUACCAUGUAUUCAAUUAGAAAAGUUAAAUAUUGGACACAUGGGCAUCAUAAUCUGCAUUGUAACUGGAAUCUUUGAGGUUAUUGUGUUCACUUUAUUAACAAUUUUGAUAUUAAAAAACAAAAAAAGGAAAGUGCUUGACACAAUUUACAUUAAUGAUUAACAAUUGCUUAAACAUAUACUAUGUGUUAACCUUGUAUUAGUAAGUUACAUAUUACAAAAUGUUCUGUAUAUUGUAUGGAAGAACCUGUACACUUCUAUGAUAUCUUGUUAAAAACAUCCAGCCUUAUUAGGCUGCAGUAGACUUGUGUAUAGGUUCUCAGCUGGAAACUGAACAAAUAAAUUUCUGAAAAUGUGUAUCAUCCAGAUAUUUUAUUAUAACGUAUUUGGAAGUACUCAAACUAUUUUGUGAAGUUUAAAAAUAUGUAAGAAUUUUAUGAUUUUUCUAGAGAUUUAAAAUUUUCUUCCAAAACUUGUUUUUCUGGGCUUAGGGUACGCAUUAACUUAAUAAAUUUGUUUUUAAAAAAUGUAAAUUUGAUUGGUAUACUGCUGUCUUGAGUGAUUAAAUAAAUAGUAAGUGAUAGAUUAGUAGCAGAAGGCGAUGAAUUGUUGAGAAUAGGAUAUGACUACAUGUAAAAUCUACGUGGUCAUUAGUUAAGCAUAGUAACACAUUAAGUAGCAUUCUCACUAAAUAUGUUUAUUAAUCAACUUCAUUAUUGCUAAACACUGCCACUACUUUCUGUGUUCCUUUUACAUGUACAUUAAAUGUGGAAAAAAAUAUAGUUGUUUAUGACAAAAGUUUGAAAUAUUUAUUCUUGGAGUGAGUAAUUUUUUUGCGUGUAUGGGGAGUGUCAUUGUGUGGCAGUGAGAGAAUGCUAAAUGUCUUAAGGAUGAAAGUAGGAUGUCAGAUAAAGGAAUGCCUUUGAGAAAAUGUGUGUGCUGUGUGAAGGAGUGCUACUUAAUAUUGAAACUGCGAAUGGCGUGAUUGAUAAAAUUUCCCCUUAUAAUAGAAAUAAAAACAGGAAUGUUUGGCCGAGUUCGUCAGCGUUACACCUCGGCGGGGCUGUAGGUGGCGGUGAGGUAGGUUCUGGCGACAGGUACGUGACGUUGCUAUCGGCCUAGACCAAUAGGGAGUCGCGCCAGCCUUGGCCUGGUGCAGCCGUGUUCCAUUGAACUCGUGGCCGGGUUUACUUGCAAGAUCUGCGAGAGAGAGCUGGCGAUUCUUGGUCGUGUCUUCUCUGGGAGUAA